AUGUUGAAUACGGAGCUAUACCUCGCCCAGGGGCCCGAGAAUAUUCGAGACGUCUUUAGGAACUCGUCGAUAUGCAGUCAGAUCUUCUUACAUAAGUUCGUCCUUGGAAGGGUUUUUGGCAUGCCUGAGAAAGCCCUCAAGUUGUAUGACCGAGACAAUUCGGGUUAUCGCUGCAAACCUCGCCCUGGCACUCAUGUCGAGCCCCGCAAUCGGAUCGACUACCUUUCAUUUGGGCCUAUAACUCGAUUCCUCUCUGGCGCUGGCAUGAGAGCCUUCUGGUUCCGGUACGAGCUAGAGCUCACAAAACGUCUUCACGAUCUGCCAUUUAAUACAGAUUGGACACAUCUACCCGAUUUAACGCAGAUUUUCGAAGUUGAUGUCUCAGCUGCAAACACUAACGCUCUCUGUGGGCCGUAUCUAUUGCAGCGCAACCCGGACUUUCUCGAGGAACUAUGGAAGCUCGAUCGUGGAAUCGACGUGCUAUUCAGAGGCAUGCCUCGUAUUCUCGCACCGUGGUUGUAUGCGAGGCGAGACAGGCUACUCGCUGCGGUUAAGGAUUGGCAAAAUUACGCACGUCAGAACUUUGACGAGUCAGCUCUUGAUGAGAACGGGGAUGACCCUUUCUGGGGGAGCAGAAUCUUUCGCGACAGAGACAAUGUCCUCUCCCAGAUGGAUGGCAUGGACCAUGAUGCCUUGGCAUCAGAGGACUUUGGUGUAAUCUGGUCGUCGACACGCAAUUCUGUAGUUGCUGGCCUCUGGACCGUCCUUGAAAUCUUCAACGAUGCCGCCCUUCUCAGAAGGGUGAGGGAGGAGGUGGGAAAAUGCACAACUGCUACUGGCAGUGGGUUUGAUAUCGACUUGUUGCUGGCGAAUCCCGUUCUCCAGUCGAUUUACGCCGAGGUCCUUCGCAUGCGCGUGCAUAUGCUGAUCACGCGCAUCCCGCAGUUCGAUGACUUGCGUAUCCAAGAUUGGGCAGUGCCGUCCAGAAAGUUGCUGGUGAUGAGUUCGACGGUUGCUCAUAUGGACUCCGAAGUAUGGAAUACUGGCGAGAACAAUGAGCAUCCUCUCGAUACCUUUUGGGCCGAACGCUUCCUGCAGUACGACGGAAAUCCCAUUAGUGGACCACUUAAGCCUACUCAUCUGUCUCAAACAAAAUCCGUUUCUGGUGGCUACGGAAUGCCGGGUCAAUGUCCUGUGGGAAAAGCCUCUUACGCUAUUAAAGACGUUCAGGGGAUAUGGUUCCCCUAUGGUGGAGGACCUAGGAUGUGUCCGGGUCGUCAUUUUGCCAAGCGUGAUAUUAUAUUCACGGCAGCGGUUAUGGUUACUUAUUUUGAUAUUGAGAUCCUUACGGACGUACGUUCUCUCCAGAUGGAUAUGCGUGGUUUCGGUCUGGGCACUAUGGCUGUAGCUGGCAAGGUCCCGGUCAAGAUCCGGAGAAGGGGUGGCUAG